AUCUUACCCGAGAGAUCAAGAAGCCUCUUCAGAUUCACCCACUUCAACGAAAUGCAGUCAAAGGUAUUCAAUGAUAUCCAUUGUCUGAGUGAUAAUUGCGUUAUCAGCUCGCCAACCGGAUCAGGCAAAACUGUCUUAUUUGAGUUGGCAUUUUUGAGAUCGCUUAGGGAAAAUAGUGAACACAAGAUCCUAUACUUAGCACCCACAAAAGCCUUAUGCACCGAUAGAUACAAUGAUUGGAAGAGCAGGAUUGGUGGCUUGAACAUCUCCAUUGGUGCAUUAACCGGGGAUACCCCUUUGAAUGAAGUCGAAAGAGUUAGAAAUAGCAACAUAAUCAUUUCAACACCAGAAAAAUGGGACAUGCUAAGCAGAAGGUGGUCAGACUAUCAAAAAUUAUUCAAUUUAGUCAAGCUUCUUUUAAUCGACGAAGUUCAUAUAUUAAAGGAUGCCAGAGGGUCCGUUCUUGAAACACUAGUAACUAGGAUGAAGAGAUUGUGUAAAGGUAUGAGAAUAAUUGCUUUAUCUGCAACAAUCUCAAAUGUUGGGGAUGUCUCCAAAUGGAUUGCGUUGAAUGAUAAUAAUCAGAAACCAGCCAAUACCUUUUCAUUUGACGAUUCGUACCGGGCAGUUAAAUUGGAUAAAUUGGUUUUUGGUUACCAAAAAGAUUCUGACAACAUUUACUACUCUGAUGUGUCUCUCAAUUCAAAAUUAGAUGAAAUUAUAUCUAUUCACAGUCUUGGUAAGCCAAUAUUGAUUUUCUGCCCUACUAGAAAUUCUGCGAUAAAGACUGCAAAAUACCUAGGGCAAAAAUCUACAACAACUUAUUCAAAUAUCAGCCUAAAUAUUAAGGAAAAUGACCUCAAAAAAUUAGUGAGUUCGGGUGUUGCAUACCAUCAUGCCGGAUUAACAUAUUCUGAUAGACAAGAAGUUGAAGGAGGAUUUUUAUCAGGAAAACUAAAGAUCAUUUGUUCAACCUCGACUUUGGCUACAGGUAUAAACUUACCAGCUUACCUAGUGAUUAUCAAAGGAACUAAAUGUUGGAAUAACGGAAGCUUCGAAGAAUACUCAGAAAUUGAUUUACUUCAAAUGAUGGGAAGAGCUGGUAGACCUCAAUUUGAAAGCGAAGGAAAAGCCAUUAUAUUGACUUCUAAAGAGCAUAAGCUUAGGUACCAAAGACUUAUUGAUGGAACAGAGAAAGUUGAGAGCCAUUUACAUUUAUCAUUCAUAGAAAAUAUGGCUGCAGAAAUAACGCUUGGAACAAUUCAAAGUGAAGCAGAUGCAAUGAAUUGGCUCCGUUCAACAUUUUUUUAUGUUAGAUUUAUUGAAAAUCCCACUUAUUAUCAAAAUAUAUCAGGUGAAGAAUUAGAUCUUUCAAAAAGACUUUAUAAUUUCUGUAUUUCGAAUUUGAAUGAACUUUUGAAAGAGAACAUUAUAGAUAGUGAUUCAACAAGCAAAUUUAAGCCUACUGCUUUUGGUUUGGCAAUGUCCAGACAUUAUGUCCUGUUUUCAACUAUGAAAAAUCUACUCUCUAGUCAGAAAAGAAAAUCAUUAUCCCAAGUCUUGGACUUACUCAGUAAAUCAAAAGACAUGUCCGAUAUAAGAAUGAAGUCUCAAGAAACAAAACUUUUCAAAGAUGUUAAUUCUUCCCCUUUGUUGAAAUUUCCAAUCAAGUCAAAGACUUUAGAAAAUCAAGAUAAGGUUCUGUUAUUGAUACAGUACGAGUUAGGAGGUUUAGAAUUUCCUAGUUAUACUGAUGCAUCAAAACUUUAUUCUUCAUUUCACAAUGACCUUUUUCAGGUUUUUAGACAAGCAAUCAGAAUUGUUCGUUGCAUGAUUGACGUUUUUCGAGAACAAAAAGAUUCAAUUUCUCUUAUCAAUGCUAUGAGUUUGAAUAGGUCCAUUAUAGGAAAAUGCUGGGAGAAUUCUCCGAUGGAGCUAAGACAAUUGGAAGGAAUAGGCUUAGCCAACGUGAGAAAGUUUGUUAAUCAUAACGUAAGCUCUUUAAAAGAUGCCCAAGCCUUAACUCCUCAACAGAUUGAAUAUUAUCUUGGUUGGAAAAUUGGCUCUGGUAACAAAGUACAAGCCGCUUUAUCAUCUCUUCCAAAAGUCUCGGUAAAAUUGAACCCAGGAGCUUCAACCGUUAAUGGUUCUAAUACUUAUGUUCAGCUUUCUCUCAGUAUAUCCAUUACGGUCUCAAAUCCGAAAGCUUCCUGUUCCUGGAAACGACAGAGCGUUAUGUUGAAUAUCAUUACGGAACUAUCCAAUGGGACUCUUGUCGACUUUAGGCGUAUGCCAAUAUCCAAUUUCAGCAAGCUUCUACCAAAAGGCUUCAAUCUUGUGAUACCUAUUACCCUUGAAUGUAAUAAUAUAAAUGUUUAUGUAUGUGCCGAAUCUAUUGCAGGAACCGAAACAAAAUAUACAAUCAAGGUUGCAGACUAUGUUGAUGAAUGGAAGUUGACAGAAAGUGUUGAAACUUCUUCCGAAAUGUCAGAGAUUGACCUUGAUGAGGUCUUUCGAGCUGUUGAACAAGACGUGGAAGCUAAAAGGAUAGCCCGCACAAAAUUGGGUAAGAGUAAUUUCGUUUCGCAGCCAAAAAGGGAAACACCAAAACCCGAAUCUUCAACCCUAUUACUCGGAAAUAGAAAACGGCAAAGGUUGAAAAACGGUAAUUACAUGUGUAUUCAUAGUUGUAAGGAUCGCUCAAGAUGCCGUCAUUUGUGCUGCAAAGAAGGUAUUCCCGAAAAG